CAAUGGUCUACCAUGGCGGCCUCCAGUGUUUCCGAGAUAGGGUGUAUAAAUGCUACUGAUUCCAGAAUGACCGGCAGUCCACAGCUUCCUCGCUCAAAAAUUAGUGAAAUCCAUUCUUCAGAGCAGACAGGCGUGCCUUUGAACACUCCAUGGACAUUCUGGCUUGAUAAGUCUAUCCCAGGAACUUCAGCUGCACAGUACGAGGCAACACUGAGGAAACUCUAUACUGUUAAUACAGUGCAGGGAUUCUGGGCUGUCUAUAACAACAUCCCAGGAGUGGAUAUGAUUAAUGUGAGAUAUACCUACCAUCUGAUGCGGGAUGAACGCAGACCCUUAUGGGAAGAUGUAAAUAAUUGCCAAGGUGGGAACUGGAGACUGAAGUGUAAUAAAUUUGAUUCACCUACAGUAUGGAAGGAACUGUUACUAGCAGCCAUUGGAGAACAGUUAUCUGAUAAUAUGGCUGACGGAGACGAGGUGGGAGGACUGAGUAUCAGUGUAAGAGAGAGAGAUGACAUUAUACAGAUCUGGAAUAAACGGUCAAACCUCCAUGAACAGUCCACCAUUAUACCCAAGGUGAAGGAGCUCCUUCCCAAAGUCAAUUUUACAGCUGUCUUCUACAAAGCUUUCCAAACACACCAGGCAUUUGAAGGAGAAAAAAGACUACCCUGAACUCCAUGGUUACGCAUACCCAAUGGAUGAAUACAUCAUUUGUAUAAGCUGGAAUUUGGUGACAGCCAGAGGCAGGUCUUCUGUUGGUGCUUCCUUUGAAAAGGCUGGGAUUGGAAUAUAAGGACCCAGUCCACUACCCUGACCUGUGUUAUAUAUUGAGGAUGCUGAUGUGUGUGAUCAUUAUAACAUGUAUUAGGUUUUAAGACACCAUGUUUAUAUUAUGUAAUACAAAGUGUCAGUUUUAUCAAUUGUUUUGACACAUAUAAAAUUAUCUAAAUCUUGUUCCCACUACACUUAUAAUAACAAUAAACUAGUCUACUAGCCUCUGCGUGUUCUACAAAUGGAAAGGUAUGCGAGAAAUUCUAAUGCAUUAUGUUAAGAACAAUUGAAAAGUCCUACUUUUGGAGUAAAUUUAAAAUCUGUAACUAACUGGUACAUAGAGAAUGAUUAGAACACUUCCAUGUGAUUUAAAGGAUUGGUUUUCCCCAGGAUUUUACCUGAUACAAAUUUCCUCGGUUAAAACAUUUCUGUUGUGAAAUUGUAAUUGGGACAUCUAUGGUUAGUUAAAGACAUUAGAAAGCAUAUAUUGUAAUUGGGACAUCUAUGGUUAGUUAAAGACAUUAGAAAGCAUAUAUUGUAAUUGGGACAUCUAUGGUUAGUUAAAGACAUUAGAAAGCAUAUAUUGUAAUUGGGACAUCUAUGGUUAGUUAAAGACAUUAGAAAGCAUAUAUUGUAAUUGGGACAUCUAUGUUUAGUUAAAGACAUUAGAAAGCAUAUAUUGUAAUUGGGAUAUCUUUGGUUAGUUAAAGACAUUAGAAAGCAUAUAUACAUGUAUUAAGAAAUAGCAUGUAAGAUUGAAAAAAUACAAUGUAAAUCACAGGAAUCCUUAUACAGUGUAUUAUCACCUGGUCAUGUUAGUCUUGUUUGUAUAAUUCUCCUUGUGGGAAACAAUGUGUGUAGAGAAUUGUGAUACUGUGAAAAUACAAUAUCCUAAUAUAAGUCAUAUUAUGUCUGUACACCAGACACUGUCAUAUAUUGGAAAACAGAGGGUUUGAGUGAUAGGUUACUGUUGUUUCCAGUCUAAGCUUGAAUACUGGACUCUUAUUAAUAUUGUUUGAAUACUGUGUUUAUGUUGUAAUACACUAUACUCAAACAGGUUGUAAUGAAUUUGUGGGAAUAUAUAGAGUAUGUUUGUUAUCUGUGAUAUUUGUAAUGCUGUAGUAUAAUGAACAUUUAGAUUUUAUCAUAAACAUAUGUUUUGAUUUUAAGUUUUGCUUUCAUUAAACAUUAUUAGAUAUGAUUACAUGUAUAUCAGUCUGUUAAAGUACAUACUUUGCUGUAAAAUACAAUUUAUUCUAGCUGAAAACUUUUCUACAUCGAGAAAACCCUUUUGCUUUAAAGAUUGUAUGAGUAUUGUUAAAUCCAUUAGAUGUAUUACAACUGUUGUUUGAUCGCUGACUGUGGAACCAGAUUGAUCAGGACACUGUUGGUUAUAGAGAAAACGCCCAGAUGUUGUAAAGGAAUGAAGACCUUUACUAUGUUUUAAAGGUAAUGCAUUGUUAAAGUGAAAGUAUAAGGAAACAAGACAUCUCUCAGUGACUCAUAGGAUUGUACACUCCUCCACCCGAGCUGUUUCUCAGUACAGAUUUCAGCAACGUAACAGUGAUACAAAACUGCAUCGGAUACAGUUCUAUUGUUAUAUAACUUUUGUCUUUGUCGUCAGUAUUUCUAAUAAUAAAUCCAAUUACUUUUGUUGUGGAAUCCCGUUCCCAUGCAACAGUGUCCCGAUUUCAAUUUCAUUUUCUUCUUCUCUACAUAUUGUGAAUAAUUUAUCACUUGAUAGCUCUGAAAAUAUGAAAGUGCUCCCCAUAAACUCAUUCUCUGACUCAUCAUGAAAUCCUGCUUUUAAGUUUCUCUUAAGCCAACCUGUCUUACUAAAACAACUUAUUUUUAUAUAGAAAUCCUAUGUAUAUUUAUAUAUAUAUAAAAAUUAAACAUUUAACCGUAACCUUGACCUUUACACAUUUAACCUAACCCCCAACCCCACACUUUUAACCUAAUUCCCACCGCCACAGAUUUAACCUCCCCCCCCCCCUCCCUCCCGAUUUAAACCUACACCCACCAUAUCAUUCAUUAUCAGACAUAUCCAUUGACCAAUGUGAAGUGUUUGUUAUGUCUUGUAUACAGCUUGGAAGGUAAUCAUGGGUGUUUAUUCUGUACAUUUCAUAUCUAUGCAUUCCUUGCCUUCAGUAGAAUCAUUCCUGCAUUUGAUUACAAAUAGAAAUGUUCAGGUACAUAUAGCCCUGGUGUCAUUAUCUGUAUUACAUCAACAUGUACAUAGUUACACCUGUACAAUAGUUACACAUGUACAAUAGUUACACCUGUACAAUAGUUACACCUGUACAAUAGUCACACCUGUAAAAUAGUCACACCUGUACAAUAGUUACACCUGUACAAUAGUUACACCUGUACAAUGGUUACACCUGUAAAAUAGUUACACCUGUACAAUAUUUACACCUGUACAAUGGUUACACCUGUAAAAUAGUUACACCUGGACAAUAGUUACACCUGUACAAUAGUUACACCUGUACAAUAGUCACACCCGUACAAUAGUUACACCUGUACAGUAGUUACACCUGUACAAUAGGUACACCUGUAAAAUAGUUACACCUGUACAAUAGGUACACCUAUACAGUAGUUACACCUGUACAGUAUUUACACAUGUACAAUAGUUACACCUGUACAAUAGGUACACCUAUACAAUAGUUACACCUGUACAACAAUGAAUACUUAGGUCAUUAUCUCUAUCACAUCAACAGGUACAUAGUUAUACCUGUACAAUAGUUAUACCUGUACAACAAUGACUACUUAGAUUAAUACAGUACAAAGGUAGAUAUUAUUUUUAUAUACAGGUUACAGUAAUGAUUGGCAGACAUUUGAUUGGUUGUAUUUAUAAAACUAGCUAGAUUUGUACUGCAGGGUUGAGUUACUGAAAGUGUACUUAAAGACAACUGUAUAACUAUACCUCAUAACCACCUAGUAAUAAAAGAGCCAGUAUCCAAGUCAAAAUAAAGGGCAGUAACUCCUUUGAUCUAGUCAUGUUUAGGUUACCUGUCUCUUUUUGGAGUAAAUUAAAUUGUUUCAGGAGAUAUCUCUUUCACACUCAAAGGGAUAAGUGAGAUUGUUUUGGUAGUCUAUCCUGGGUAAAAUAUAUCAACAUUUAGUUUUCCUUCACUUAGGGGUAAAAAUCCAUCCUACAGAUGUAGGUCUCAUUGCCCGAACAACAUAAAACAAUGUCAGUCUUCAAUUCCGGUUAAAAUGUGGUUAAAACAUUUUCCAUUAUUUUAGCGAAGUAGUCCAUUGCCACACAAAUUAUAUCUCUUACAAAUUUAAAAAAGGUUGAGACAUAACCCAACCAGUAUAAUGUAUUUACCAGUGUGUUGAUAUUUUCUGCCUUGUCCCCUCUAAAAAUGGAUGUUUUAUGCCAACUUGCCUGCUAGAAUUUUACCCCACCUAAUCAUCAAUAUAACCAGAGAGUACUGGCUGUGUUACCAGCUCUGACUGAUAAGAGUUAUUUCCCUUUAGUCUGGUGGCAGCUUCACACUCUUUGGAAGAUUGAGAAAACAAGCCCCAGUCUGGACAGGGUGUUUAUUAUUUGUAGCCAAAACAGAAGACAAAUUUGCUUCUAUGACAGAUAUUUCUGCAUUAAUAGUUAUUCCUCCAAAAAAGUUAAUGAUUCUUAAUCUUACGAUGGUAUUUUUGAUAGUUGAUAUGAUGGUGUAUCUUAGGAAUGAUGAGUGACUCUAAGAAUACAAGUACAGUUAGCAUAAUUUAAAUUGAAUUGUUUUAUUUUCUCAUGUGUAAAGUGUUGAUAAAUAUUAUAAAAAUUACAUUGUAUGUUUAGCUAUGUGUUUUAUAAUGAUAUAAAUAUUAAAUGUUAUUAUUGAAAUGUUUGUAACCAGAGCACAACUGUGAAAUCACUGAUUUUAUUGUAAGCUUUUUGGAGCUGUGUUGGAGUAUGUUUGUUUGAUUUGAAAGUAUUCUGAAUUUCAAAAUAUGACAUGGAAGAAAGGCAUGAUUUGGUAAAAAUGUACAGAUGCAUUUUGUGGUGUGUCAGUUUUUGUGAGUUUGAGCUACGAGCUGAAGCAGGGUUUGGGGUAUGGUAAGUAGGUUUAUAUUUGGGUAUCUAUAUCCAUAUAUGUUUUGAAAGCAAAUUACCAGUAAGUAAAUUACCAGUAAGCAAUUUAUUGGUAAGCAGAGAUUAGACUAUCACAUACAUUUGUAUUAACCGUUUUUAAGAUUUUAACCUUUUACUCUGUGACCCUUUCAUGACCAGUAUUUUUAGCUUCCCUGGUCCGAAGGACCAAGGUGAGCUUAUGCCAUACCCUAGUGUCUGUCGUUUGUCAAUCUGUCUUUUGUCAUCCGUAUGUGAACAAUUCCUUCAAAUGACAUCUUUUCGUUAAUCAAUGACUGUUUUUAAUCUAAUCUGACAAUAAGCAUCGCUGGUGGUGGGGCGGGGCAGGGCCAUAAGGGGGCAAUUUGGCUAAAUUCCUAUUAACAACUUCUCAAGAAUAAUGCACUGGACAUCACUGAUUUGUUAGUGAAAGCAUUCCUAGCGGAGGUGGGGGUGAUUCAAAAUUGUACAAAUGAUAGGGUUGAUCCUCCAGUGGACUGAGGGGAGGGAGUCAAUUAGAGAAAAUAUAGCAAAUUCUUCAAAAGUCUUCUCAUUCGGUCCUACAUGUAAGUAUGCUUUAGUGAAGGGGAACCCAUUUUGUGUAUACAAUGAGGCUGGGUCCCCCAAUGAUCUUAAGGGUGGGGCCCAACUGGGGAAAUAUUGCAAAUUCUUCAAUUAUUCUUUUUUCUGUUUCAAUAGCAGAAUUCUGUUCAAACUCAGUCUGUACCAUCCUUGGGUUAAAUCAAUUUCAUAUAUAAAUGGUGAAUCCCUAAGGGUUGGGGCCAAAUCAUGGAAAUUCAACUUAUUCUUUAAAAUUUCUGCCUUUUUAUUUUUUCAGGAAAUGACUGGAUUUGGUCUUAACUUAAGGUCCCCAUAUCAGAGAUACAGAUGCCUUUCAUAGCAAUAACUCUGUCUGUCCGUAGGUCUGCCUUUUCAUUCACAGAUUGUGUGGCUGUUUUAGUACCUGUAUUUCUUGAUCAAUUUAUGCAAAAUUUGGUCAAGAUGUUAAGUUCACAGAAAUACACACUAAGGUCAAAAUUAAGGUCAAAAGUCAAGGUGAUUAUGUCAAAAGCUCAAGAUCAACUUUUGCAUCUUUUCGCUGAUGAAUAUUUUGCUGGUCAGAACUAAAAAGGAGUCAAAUGACCAAAGAUCAAGGUCAUUGGGUCAAAGGUCAAGAUCCUUUGGGUCCAAAAAAUGUGUUUUGCCAUAAUAACUGAAGUAUCCAGGUGAGCAAUACAGGCCCUCUAGCCUCUUGUUUGGAUUACCUGAAAUGUGAUACCAGGUGAAUGAUGCAGGCCCAUUGAGCAUCUUGUGUAUGUAUAUCUGUGAGUUUCCUACAUUGUUUUACUUUUACUUUGUUAUCUUGCUUGAUGUAUGUUUUCAUUUUUGCAAUGUUAUGCUAUUUACAAGGUUUUUAUGCAAGCUAAUUAAGUUAUGUCUUGCUAUAUUUUGUAAUACAAUCUAAGUGAAUGUUCUGGAUACAGAGAAGAAGUAAAUUGACAAUGUUUCCAUUUAUCAUAAGCUUUCUGCUCCACAUCGGAUCAGUUUGCCCUUGUCAUUUGUCUAACAUGUUUCAUUUUGUUCUAUUUGGCAAAAAUAUUUGACUGGCUGGUGAUGUUUGAAUAUCCAGAAUAAAGGUGGAGGUUAAUAUAGAAAUAACUCCAAAUAACCUCAAGGUCAAUAGAAUUCAUUUUUUCAUUACUUUUAAUGUGCUUGAAUUUUCAAUUAAAUAUCACUUGUUUUUCUUCUGUGAGAUGACGAGGUCACCAGUCUAAGAUGACAAGGUCACCAAUCUUAAGAUGUCAAGAUACUGGCCUUAAAUGUCAAGGUCACUGGCCAAAAGUGACAAGGUCACUAGCCAAAGAUGACAAGGUCAAUGGCCAAAAAUGACAAGGUCACCAGACAGUCCAAAUGAUGUGGUCACUACUAUAAGUCAAGACGGCUUACAUUUUGUUAUUGAAAUUUUCCAGUUUUGUAUUAAGGAUUUCAUCCAGUGUUAGGGGUUUUGUUAGUUUUGUUUCUAGCUCUAUUCUAGAGGUAUGUAGUUGAAUAUGUUUGUGGAUUAUUGAGAUCACUAGAUACAAUAUGCCAAACUAAGUCUAUAGUUUCAGGAUUUCUGCUCUUUUUGUCUUGUUGAAACCAGACUUAAGGAGUACAAUUUUAUAUUUUUUGUUCUCUUUUUAUAUCAUAUUGGUUUUAUAAAUUUGAUAAAACAGUAUUGUUAGUUUAAAAGACUUGUAAUUGAUUUUGUAUUGAUGUUUUUUAAUUGUUGUAGUUAAGUUUUAAUGUUCAUUUAAUAGAAAUCCAUUGAUGAUACCAUAUGUGUAUGUGUAUAGAAUUAAUGUGUUUUGGUGGUGCUUCUAAAUGUUGGUUUACAUGUAUGUUUAAUAGAACACAAGUUUAAGUCUAUCUGUAUGGUGUUAAUUUUCAAAAAUUAAUCAACUUUCCCGUACUUCUUAUUAAUGGGAUGAUAAUGUACAGGUACGUCUUAUUAAUGCGAUGAUAAUGUACAGGUACGUCUUAUUAAUGGGAUGAUAAUGUACAGGUAAGUCUUAUUAAUGGGAUGAUAAUGUACAGGUACGUCUUAUUAAUGGGAUGAUAAUGUACAGGUACGUCUUAUUAAUGGGAUAUAAUGUACAGGUACAUCUUAUUAAUGGGAUGAUAAUGUACAGGUACGUCUUAUUAAUGGGAUGAUAAUGUACAGGUACGUCUUAUUAAUGGGAUAUAAUGUACAGGUACGUCUUAUUAAUGGGAUAUAAUGUACAGGUAUGUCUUAUUAAUGGGAUGAUAAUGUACAGGUACGUCUUAUUAAUGGGAUGAUAAUGUACAGGUACGUCUUAUUAAUGGGACGAUAAUGUACAGGUACGUCUUAUUAAUGGGAUGAUAAUGUACAGGUACGUCUUAUUAAUGGGAUGAUAAGGUACAGGUACGUCUUAUUACUGUGGUGAUCAUCUACAGGUACAUGUAUAUGUAUGUCAAGAUUAAUCAAGUGUAACAACUUGGUGAAAUGUUCCACAAUCAAUAUAUUAAUUGAGAAAUAAUUAAGUAAAAAAAACAAAUAUUUAGUUUUAUUUUAUGUGAAGAGUGAAUCUGUAUAAUGGGGGGGGCUUAUGUACUGUAUAUACCAGGUAUGUGAUUUAUAUGUAUUGAUACUUUUGAUAUUACUGACAAUUAAUUUGAAUAUAGCUAAACCGAAUAUUUUUGUUUGCAUAUAUCCUUAACCAGGAAGUCGAACAUUUAUCCUCUUAAGAUGUAAAAAAAAACCUCUCGAUUAAAUAGAAAUUAGGGUAAUGUACCACAUGUAAUUAAAACAAGUACAUUGCAAAUAAGUAAAUUAUUUGUACAUUGAGCUAACAUAGAUUUUUUGUAAUACAAAAACAAUAUUGGAUAUUUGUGUAGAUGUUUUCUAAUGAAAUAAAAACAAAUGUCUGUAAAAUUUUAGUCUGACAUUUCUGUUAAGUUUUAGUCGAACAUCAGAGGUAUAAUUAACAGUUAGGAUGCAGCAGUUACAUACUGUCAUGCUUCUCAAAGUAGAAUUCUACUGUGUUUUAUCAAAUAUUUUACAGGUUUUAGUUUAGAAUUGAUUCAAAGUUAAACUACAUAGAACUGUACAUACAUUCUCCGCAAAGUUAAACUACUUAGAACUGUACAUUCUCCUUUACACGUAAUCAUCCUUGUUUCUGUGUUGUAUAUAUAAAAUGGGGAAAGCCAUCUUCAUCAUCAUGUUAUUUUGAAAGGGUUCUUGAUUUUUUGCUGUUUUUAAAAUGGUGAAAUAUUAAAUAAAGAAAUUAUAAUUUGUUUUUGAUCUAUGUGAAAAAAUACCUUAAUUCUUUUUGCAAAACAAAAAAUAAAUUUUCACUGUUGUCAAAAAUAUUGUAAUUACAAAACACUGCUGUGUAAUUUUGCGAAAUCGAUAGGGACAAAUUAAAGUUACAUUUAACUAUUGAUUUUCUAAGGAAAUGUGAGGACAAUUAUCUGCAGUUUUGAUAAUGGAAAAUUGCUUCUGCAUUUGUAACAUGCUCCCCAUUUGUUUUUUGUUUUUUUUUUUGUUUUUUUUUUUUGUUUUUUGUUUUUAUUUUGUUCUUGUUUUGUUUUUUGUUUUUCGCUCACCAUGAUCAGAUGGUGGACAUUUUAAAUUGCCCUGUGUUCGUGGCCCAUGGUCUGUCCAUCUUAAUAAUCCUUACUGGUAUUUCUUGAAAAAUACUUGAUCUUGGCUUUUGACAGUUGACAAUUUCUUUAAAAGCACUUUAUGGAUUUCUCUGGAACUUCACAUGUAGUUUUCCUAUGGAUAUCUCUGGAACUUCACAUGUAGGUUUCCUAUGGAUAUCUCUGGAACUUCACAUGUAGGUUUCCUAUGGAUAUCUCUGGAACUUCACAUGUAGGUUUCCUAUGGAUAUCUCUGGAACUUCACAUGUAGGUUUCCUAUGGAUAUCUCUGGAACUUCACAUGUAGGUUUCCUAUGGAUAUCUCUGGAACUUCACAUGUAGUUUUCCUAUGGAUAUCAAUGUUCUGAAACUUCACAUGUAGUUUUCCUAUGGAUAUCAAUGUUCUGAAACUUCACAUGUAGUUUUCCUAUGGAUAUCUCUGGAACUUCACAUGUAGGUUUCCUAUGGAUAUCUCUGGAACUUCACAUGUAGUUUUCCUAUGGAUAUCAAUGUUCUGAAACUUCACAUGUAGUUUUCCUAUGGAUAUCUCUGGAACUUCACAUGUAGGUUUCCUAUGGAUAUCAAUGUUCUGAAACUUCACAUGUAGUUUUCCUAUGGAUUUCUCUGAAACUUCACAUGUAGGUUUCCUAUGGAUAUCUCUGAAACUUCACAUGUAGGUUUCCUAUGGAUAUCUCUGGAACUUCACAUGUAGGUUUCCUAUGGAUAUCUCUGGAACUUCACAUGUAGGUUUCCUAUGGAUAUCUCUGAAACUUCACAUGUAGUUUUCCUAUGGAUAUCAAUGUUCUGAAACUUCACAUGUAGGUUUCCUAUGGAUAUCUCUGGAACUUCACAUGUAGGUUUCCUAUGGAUAUCUCUGAAACUUCACAUGUAGUUUUCCUAUGGAUAUCUCUGAAACUUCACAUGUAGGUUUCCUAUGGAUAUCUCUGAAACUUCACAUGUAGGUUUCCCUUGGUCCCUAGUUGUGUCAAUUUUUGUUUUUAUAGUGUGAUUAAGAAAAACAAAAUGGCUGACAGGUGACCAUCUUGUAUUUUGAGAAUUGAAAUUUGUUAUCGCUAUUUCUUGAAACUGGAAGGAUAUUUCUUAAACUUCACAUGUAGGCCCCUUGGUCCCUAGUGCUCAAUCAAAUUUGAUUCUAAUCAGGAAAAGAAAAUGGCUGACAGACAUCCAUCUUGGAUUUUGACAAUUUUAGAUUGUUAUCUAUAUUUCUUGGAAAGUUCUUCUUGGAUCUUUCUUAGAUCUCAUGUGAAGGUUUUCCUUGAUUUCAGAUUGUUAGGAGGAAAGAAGGGGAAAAGCAUAGACAAAAGAACAUAGAACCAAUAAAGAUAAUUAAAUGUUGGGUGACAAGAUCCUCUUGGAUCUCUUUUUUUGUUAAAUAAUGAAAAGCUUUAUCAUGGGGAAAACUCAAAGUUCUGAUGUACAGGUGUUAUAGGUAAUUAUAUAUACUUAUAUGUUGAUACUCUAUACCAAAUAACAAAUGUUUGUGUAAUAGUAAAUAUAUAGUUUUACUCAUACUUGACUAAUUUCUCAAUAAUCAAUUGUCAUUUUAACACUAUCAUCAAAUUAAAAAUUCUUGGAAACAACUACACAUGUAUGUAUAAGUACUAAAACUUAGAGUUUGUAUGGACAAUAGUAUAGUUUGUAUGGACAAUAGUAUAGUUUGUAUGGACAAUAGUAUAGUUUGUAUGGACAAUAGUUUGUAUGGUAAUAUUUCCAUCUGCUCUGCUUUGUCAUCAUACGACCUUCUCACAUAAAUGAUUCCCAUUGGUGACAAUGUUCUGACAUAACUUGAUUCACUCUAUUGAUGCCACAAAAACAAUUGGUUCAUGUAUCUCCCAACAAUUUAUGUAUUUCUGUUGUGUAAAAGAUGAAUAUCCUUAUGUGGAAUAUAUUGAUUAAAUUGUUGAAAUUUUGUUUU